CGUAUUGCGUAUAUAUUUUAUAUUUGUUCGUUCAAACUCCUUUUCUUUUGGUGUUUGGGUGAUUGUAUUUUUUUUAGUACAAAAACUGUCAAUUGAAAACUUUAGCACUGUGUUGUUUUUUUUUUCAAACGAAGCCCAGCUGGAUUGGAUAGAUCCGUUAACAAAAUGUGCUUUAAAUCGUAGCAAUCCUGUUUACCUUCCUAUUUAUAUUGAAAUGUCUUAUCGGAGGGAUACAAUGCAUAGCAAUCGCUCAUGCCCACAAACGCCGGCCCCUCGAAAGGAUGGUCCACGCUUUCCUAUGUCGGCAGCAAUACUCGAAACUCCUUCCAUAAUGAGCUCGUUUCGAGAGCCGGAACUAAAAAAUCGUAGUGCCAGCGCAAUAGAACCCCCUCCAAAGCAAUUCGUUAUGUCGUUUGUAUCGAACGAUUCCCUUCGUUCGCUGAAUGAUAGCAUAACAUUUGGUGAAAACACAUCAACCCAACGUCAUACUUCCAGGCAGAAUUUUAACACAUCACAGGCGUUAAACGGUUCAUUUCUAGAUUGUAGUUUUACUUCGAACUACACAUCGUUAUCAUCAUCCCUGAAACGGAAAAUGCCAUUGGCUAAUUCUACAAGCAAUGUGAAUAUUAGUAGAACAUACAUGGACUCCUCUACUUUCAACGCGGCAACAGGAUUGAAAAACUUUCAUCGCACAACUGCAUCUGGUGCUGCCGGUCUGAAUGAUACGUUUCACACCAGCAGUUCGUCGUAUGAUAAACGAAAACUUCCACCAGAGUGUGGUGCAUCGAAGUACAUCAAACCUGCAUCGACAAACAUUCCCAAAGGAUGCUCUUCUAUCGCACCAUCCCACCCAGAAGCUAAUGUCAGUGCACAGGAAGCAAAAACUUCUCUUCGCAUCAUUUCCGGAACGAUCGAACACCUCCAGAAGACGAUCCGUGAACAAGGCAAGCUUCCGUUGCUACUAGAAACCGUAGCCAACGUGGUAAGCAUUAAGCCUGGCACAAGGGUGAAGGAGAAGGUAAUACUUUUACGACAUCGGAACCAAGGACCGGUUAUGCAGGGAAUUUUCUACGAGAUUGACAUGGUUUUGCCUUCGCUAGCACCGGGUGAUUUGGUGCGCUGUAUCGGACGGCUUCAGUCUGUCGGAAGUCGAUUUCAGAUACUGAAAAUCAGUCGAACUACGAAGCACUACAAUCGGGCAAUUGUGCGCUUACAAACGGUCAGUGCAUUUGCCACGAAGGUGAGACGCUAAAAAAUAUUGCAUAUGAAUAAUGGUUGGUAAUUGUA